CGCCAUAUUUGAGGUAUAGUUUGUGUUGCUAACAAGUAACAGCAAAAAUCUGUCUGACCGUGUUCGCAAUGGGAGGAAUUUCCAAGUUUGUACUUGAAUAAUAGAAAGUCCGUUUUCAGUGCUCACUCUGUAAUAUCUCAGUUUUGAAUCCUUUGCCAGCUAGAAAAUCGUAAUAAAUAAUAAAAUCCGUUAUCAUAACCUGUAAAAUUCGGAGGAUAACGUAAGACACUACCCAUAAGAACGCUCCAUGUUCUAGCUCACACUUGAAAAGGAUAAUCGUCGAUGAAGAUCAUAAUCCUAAUUGCUAUCUUCUCCUUACGUGUUAUUGCUCAAGUGCCUCCAAAGAUACAACCUUUUGUAUUUCCCGAAUUUGUUGAAGAAGGUAAACUUAUUCAGGCCACUUGCGGAUUAGAAACUCACGACGCUGCUGAUGAGUUUCAGUGGUUUAAAGAUGGCCGACCUUUGCGUUCGGGCGCACAAUGGACUGUACUUUCUCCGGGCAUAGUGUCUGUUUUAGUUAUAAAGAGUGUGACCAUAGAAACUUCAGGAAAUUACACUUGUGUUGCCCGAAAUUCUGCUGGUCAAGAUGAAUAUACAGCCGCACUUCAAGUUAAAGAUGAGGAAUUUGUCAAAAUAUCGAAAGGUUCCGAAUCUGAUGGAACCUUCACUAUUGAAGGCGCAACUCAAAAUGAUGCUGGACUUUAUAUAUGCGAAGUGACCAAUGGCAUCGGAGAAGAUUUAAGAAAAACGGUCAGACUUUCAAUAAGAGGUACAGACUGUGGGGUUAUAUUCUUUCAGAUUACCAUGUGA